CCUCCCUCUCUGCAGAUAUAUAAACUGGUCUCUGCCUCCUCGGCAUCACAGACCAACAACACAGACCAACAACACAGACCAACAACUCAGACAGUGUCUGUAGUCACCACGUCACCAAGCUUCAGGAACUUCAGAUCCAUUUCUCUGGACCUCUUCCUGGGUUAACCAGACACAGGGAGUUAUGUGGAGGAUUUUCCUGACGAUCUGUCUGCUCUGCUGGAGCGCUGACGGACAAGUCAGAGAAGUGAGAUGCAGAAACGAAAGUGAUGAACCAGUGGACUGGUGUGAUUUUUAUAUUGCCCACACCUGUUACUUGCCCCAGGUACAUCAUCUACAAGGCACCCAAACUGAAUAACAUCGGAACCACAGGUUUGGAAUAUAUUUACAUUGAUCCAAAUGGGAAGAAGAAGGAGACCUUGACUACAGAUCUUACCUAUAAACCCAUCAACCAUCCUAACGGUGUCCUGGCAAACACCCUGCGGCCCAUUUUUACCACAUCAAUGACAGACAACUUUGGAUUCAUCUCCUACAGCGACCAACCUCCAGGAUGUAAUGCUCAAGAUAAGUUUGGUCACAGUAAAGGAGUUGUGAUGAUGAAUAAAACCACAGGAGUCUGGCUCUUACACAGCGUACCACAGUUCCCUUUCCUAAGAGAUCAAAAUAAUUUCUACCCACCCAGCGGAGUAAAGAAUGCUCAGACGUUUAUCUGUGUAACAUUCAACUAUGAAGAGUUCAACAUGAUAGGUGAACAUCUGCUGGACAUCAAUGCUUUCACAUUUGAAGAUCAUAUUCCAAACAACUUCUAUGAAAGCCUUCAGAAACUUAGGAGGACUGGAAAUAACAUCAGGAAGGAAAGACUAAAUGGAGUCAGAACUCAGGACCUGACAUCAGCAGGAAGAACACCGUUUCAUAGCUUUGCUAAAUACAAAAUUGCAAACACGAUAAUGGACACCGACCCAAAAAGAUUUGAAGGAGAUCUUUAUGUCACUAUUGCAAAGGAAUACCAGACUAAUGUGAGAGUCCAGACCUGGCCCUGCAAACAAGACGAACCAUACUGCGUAACAAAUCAACAUCAAGUGAUCAAUAUUGAAUCUGUAAAAACUAAUCUGGGUACUUGGGGGUCUGGUAAUGAUCAUUCCAAGUGGUGUGUAGCUACAGAUACAAUUAAAAAUAAGUUUCCCCUUUUGAUCUGUAUCGCUGAUGUAAAUAGAGCCCUCAGCCAAUACAAAAGGCCGGGGGGGGCACUGUGCUUUAUACAUAAAGAGGCCAGUGAACUAUUUAAAGGUCUUAUUAAUCAAACUGAUGCUUGCUCCGUUAAGCGUCCCCGUCCCCGUGAUCCUGCCUGUGACCCUGAUAGUGAGUGAUAGGAAGUACAUUUUAGGGCUGGGAAUCUGGUGGAUGGAGCUGGUAAAUAGUGAUAUGGUGAAGCUGUUUCUUGAAUUAAAAAAUCCAAUUUACCAAAAAUAAAAAACAUAUUAAUAAGGUACUUUUGAUGGAAUAGUUCAAGUUUGAUCUGAGUGACUCUGGGUGAAUAUUUGGGUUUUAUGUAACAGCAUCGGGAUACUUGUUGGAGUAGUUUGAUAAAUAUUAAUAGAGUGAUCAAUAUUGAUUGAGUAAUAAAUUGAUUGAGUAAUA